CUUACCCGAUACGUAGAGACACGAAGAAGACAUAACAAUGGCGGAAAUUCUCCAUCCUCCAGCCACAACAGCCUCACCGCCUCCUACAACGCUGGCUCUGUCUCUGUCUUUUGUGCAACAGAUGAACCAUCUGUCUCUCACCGUGGUCCUUUGUCUGGCCAGCGCUCUGUGGAUUGGAGCUGAAGCUGUUCGUGGGCGAGAGUCAUGCCCCGCUGGUUGGUCCCAGUUGGGCUGCAAUUGCUUCAGAUACUUUGGCAGCCAAAUGUCCUGGGCCGACGCAGAGCACCACUGCAUCGGACAAGGUGGAAACCUGGCUUCCAUCCACAGUGACGCAGAGCAUCAGUUCAUCAGAGGCUUGAUCCGAAGCGCUAGUGGAGCUGAUCGCAGAACUUAUGUUGGAGGCCACGAUAGCUACAAGGCAAGAGAUCUAUCAGCUUUAGAUCGCAUCGUAUUCCACUUUAUCAAUAAGACAGACGCAACUGUGCCUCACUAUUAGGAGGGCCGAUGGAGCUGGAGUGAUGGCACCAACUUUGUCUUCCCUGGAGGAUGGUACAGAGGAGAGCCCAACAACCACGGACGUGGUGAAGACUGCCUGGAGCUCAACUUCCACACUCGCGGCAAUGACAUCCCCUGUCACAUCAGAAGACCCUUUGUUUGCUCCAAACCAAUGUGAUUUUCUGCCGGUCAUGCCAAUGACACCUUUCCCAGGUCUUGAAGCAUGGAAAGACCUGAUCCCAUCUGAG